AUGAGUACUUGGGCGCAUUCUUACCGAAGCUCUCAGUUAUAUGACACUCACGAUUUAGAAAUAUUGAAUAAUACUUUACGCACCUUUGCUAGCCCCGAACCCGAUCCCGACUCUCAUACCGCAGCAAAAACGAAGCACCUUAGAAAGUUGAGAGACGAUUUACCCUCACUUCGUAUUAACACAAAUUUUGCUUCUCCAUCAUUAACGCGGUCGAGAAACACGCGUCAACAGCGCAAAGGGUUGCAAUCAGAUCAGUUAGAGCAGGCGCACAACAAAACUCUAAAAGUUCCCGAUUCGCGUAAAUAUGACUCGGAGAUUACGAGACCAGGGGUGCACGCCGUUAAAUUUGACAUUGAUCCAACAACACAUCACCGUCACAAAAAUGACAAGGAUUACGUAACCUCCAAUCUUGAUCACGAAGGAUUACGAAUUAAAAAUCAGAACCAAUUGCGACGUGCUUCCGCACCAUCCCAUGGAAUGGCAUUCGCUUACUUUUCUGCGCCGGCCACCACUUCCAUAUAUUACUUUGGGCAGGGUAGUUCCGAGUCUUCUCAAGAUGCGAGAAAUAGAUCACACUUUGUUAUACCCUCUGUGAACGUUGAACACCAUGACCAUGAUCAUUCAGAUGACGUCAAUGAUCAUUCCAAUGUGACGGCCACGUCAUCGGUUACAUCAACUCCGGGCACCAGCAACCUUCCAUCGCUAUCACCAUGUUCCUCGGCAUCUUCGAUCAGUUCUUCCGUCGACACCCUUAACUCCGCGGCUCAGCAACAGUCCCUUGCUGGAAAAGUGCAAUUUUCGUUCGGCACGUUCCUCCCCCAACCGGUUCAUGCCCCUUGUCCGAUAAGAUCCAAGAGUAUUUCCACCGAAAUUCCUUUCACUUCACAAGCACACUCUUUACCAGACAUGGUGACCGGUGCUUCUUACGACCACGUCCCUUGGUCACCCGCCAAAGAUUUCUUGGCCAAUCUGGCGCAGGCCACGAUGGCGAAACCAAUGCCCGAUGAAGAAGGUCAACAGGUGGGUGAAUAUGUCAUUGGCAAGGUGAUUGGGCGUGGUGGAUUCUCCACCGUUAAAGAAGCCAUAAGGAUGGAUGAUUAUUCUGGCUUAGAGAAGGUUGCCGUAAAGAUUGUGAAGAAUGAUCAAGAUUCUGAUUGUAACGAUCACAUUCAGUCACUACUACAGCGAGAAAUAGUCAUCUGGAAGAAACUCAUCCAUCCGAAUGUUGUAUCAAUGUUGUCGGUAACAGAAGAUGACUAUGCAACCUACGUGUUCUCGGAAUACUGCCCAG